AUGUCUCUCUCAGCAAUAUGUCUCAUGCUCCUCGUCACCCUCACGCCAGUCACAGCAACAUGCUACUGGCCCAACGGCGACACAGACAACAACUACACCCCGUGCCCCAAUAGCAAAUCCUGCUGUCUCAAGGGCGAAGCCUGCCUCUCCAACGGCCUCUGCUACGGCGCAAAACUCAACAUCGCCUAUCGCGGUGCCUGUUCCGAUAAAUCCUGGCCGGCCAAGGACUGUCCCCAUGUUUGCCUCGACUCCAUCCCCGACCACUGGGCGAACCUCUACUCGUGCCCCAAUUCCUCGACGAAUGUGUUCACAUGCGGGUAUGCGGGGUGGGCGACGGACGUCUGCAGCGCGAAUCUGGGGCAGUGGCUGUGGGUGAGUGGGGAUGUGGAGGUUGCGAAGAACGGAAACACGAGCCCGUCCGCCUCUGCUUCUGCUUCGACAGUGCUGGACAUUGUCACGACCACGUCGUCGGGUUCUGGAUUGUCUACGGGGACGCCGAGGGGGACGAUUACGGGGGAGAUCGUCACGACGACCGAGUCCGCGACUGCUACGGCCUCGGGGACAGGGACGGAGACGAGUAGUCCACGGCCGUCAGAUACUUCUAUCUCUGCAGUGACACUCGGGGCGGGACUAGGGGUUGGACUGGGAGUUCCGCUACUCGUGGUAUCGGGGUUACUGAUCUUUUUUAUGCGAAUGAGAAGGCGAGCGCCGGCAGCGCCAGCACCGCCAGUCAGUGAAAAGGUCUACCCCGGCGCUGUCUACGAUCCAGGCGCAGCGGAGAUUGCCACGCAGAGACACAAUAUGGUUACGGAGCUGGAGGGGUCGGGGCGCAAUCUACCGGAUCGACCGGAGUUAUAUGGUAGUUAG